GGUCGGAACCGCGCCGUCAUACGACUCAAACCCUCGUAAGGGGUUUUAGCAGUUUGGAGGCCUUCAAUGGCCUUGCUUAGCUCGUGUCGCCUUCGAUUCACCCCUCCCGUUUGCUUCAUCCAAACCCUUUUCUAUUCCUCCAAACAAUUUCCCCACCAAGUCCAAACAGUUGAACCAAAUUCCUGCAACAUUGAUCCCGCCACAGUUCGUGAAACUCUUUUGACCUUCCGCAAUGACUGGAAACGCGCAUUCGACUUUUUCAAUUGGGUCGAAAGAGUACAUUUGCAGCUCCCCACCGAUACAUAUAAUCACAUGAUCGACAUACUUGGUAAGUUCUUCGAGUUUCAACUUUCAUGGGAUUUGAUUCAACGGAUGCGGCAAAGUCCAAGUUCUUUUCCCGACCAUACGACAUUCCGAAUCAUGUUUAAACGUUAUGUUUCGGCCCGUCUAGUUAAUGAAGCGAUAGAGACGUAUGAAAAGCUUCACCAAUUUAAUUUAAAGGAUGAAACGUCGUACAGCAAUCUUAUUGAUGCACUGUGUGAGUACAAACAUGUGGAUGAAGCCCAAGAGUUGAUUUUUGGAAAGAACAAGAGUGGAAAUGUGGAUGUCAAAGUAAAAUACUAUAACAUUGUUCUUCGUGGGUGGUUUAAAUUGGGAUGGUGGAGCAAGUGUAGGGAGUUUUGGGAAGAGAUGGAUAGAAAGGGAGUUCAAAAAGAUGUACAUUCAUAUGCAACAUAUAUGGAUAUAAUGUGCAAAAGUGGAAAGCCUUGGAAGGCUGUGAAAUUAUUCAAGCAGAUGAAGAGUAAACGGAUGAAAUUGGAUGUGGUUGUCUAUAAUAUUGCUAUUCGUGCCAUAGGUCUUUCACAGGGGGUUGAUUUUUCAAUUAGGCUCUUUCGUGAAAUGAAAGAUUUAGGGUUUGAGCCUUCUCUUGUAACCUAUAACACCAUCAUUAAGCUUUUAUGUGAUAACUUCAGAUAUAAGCAAGCACUUGAGAUGCUUGAUACCAUGCGUAAGAAUGGAUGUCAGCCAAAUGCAAUUUCAUAUCAUUUAUUUUUCGCUUGCAUGGAAAAGCCUAGGGAUAUACUCACAUUGUUUCAUAAAAUGAUUGGAAGUGGAGUUCGGCCAAGUAUGGACACCUAUGUGAUGCUUAUGAGGAAGUUUGGGAGGUGGGGAUUUCUUCGACCAGUUUUUUUAGUGUGGGAGAAAAUGGAAGAACUUGGAUCCAGUCCAGAUGCAUCUGCUUACAAUGCUUUGAUAGAUGCUCUUGUGGAAAAGGGAUUAUUAGACUUGGCUAGGAAAUAUGAUGAAGAGAUGUUGACAAAAGGACUUUCAUCUAGGCCAAGGAAAGAAUUGGGGACAACACUGGAGGUGACAGGAGAAUCCCCUGGCGGAUAGUUGUGAUUUUUAAUCCAAUUAUUUGCAUGUGCAAUGGUUGUAUAGAUAGACAGGCACAAGUCUCUCUUUUUCUCAAGUGGUAUCAUGGGGAAAAAGCAAGCAAGCUUAAGGAGACGCAAGAUCCUAACAUGCUAGAAUUUGAAAAUACAUAUCAUAGAUGGAAGAUGACUUCAAAGGAAGGUGAGAAAUGUUCGCAAACCCAUGGAAGAAAAAAAAUCAGCAAAUCAGUAACAAGUUUGUUCUCCAUUGACUGUUGACCCUAUAUUGGGUGGAUUCAUAACUCGACGCUCCUAAUUUGCUUUGCUGAUGCUGGUUCCUGACAUGCCUGAAUGUGAUUGGUUGAUUUUCAAUCUCUACAAGGCAUAUGUACAGAAAAAAGCCUGAUCCGCUGAGAUAAUCAGCCUGCUAUUUAUUUCCUCCAAAGUUAGUACUGAAAUGCAGUGGAGACUCAGUUGAAGAAUUAUGUGAGCUUCAGGUGCCUGUGCUUGACUUUGACCAUAAAUCUCUGUACAUAGUGGCUUGCCACUACCACUACUGAGGUUUCCACUUGUGAGGCUUCUAUUGUCAUGAUGUUCUUGUUCAUUCUGUGGUCAAGCUGUAGAAACUAUGCUAUAUAUAAAUUUGUUUAGUCGAGUUGACUAAAUUCAACCAAUUUCUGUACUUAUUGGUCUUUGAGUAUGGUUUCAACAUUUUCCUGGACAUGCAUCAGAGACUUGAGAAUUAUUUCAUUAUGUUUGUUUGAUUGUGGCUUCCGCUUUUGGCUUCCGCUUUAGCCACAAUCAAACUUAUUUUUGAGGAGCCACUUCCUUUGCCAUAAUGGCUAUCCAGAUUGUUAAGAAGUUUCUUUCUUUUCUUUUUUUAAGCGGAUUUCAUAGAACAUGGCAAUCAUCAAUA